CUCUCUCUCUCUCUCUCUCUCUCUCUCUCUCUCUCUUUCCCCCGCUGCACAGGGCGAGUCAUUCCGGGAGGUGAUGAGGAGGAUUCAGACCAUGCUCGACAUCCAGGAGAAAGAGUUUGAGAAAUUUAAAUUUGCGAUUGUGAUGAUGGGCCGGCAUCAGUACAUCACUGAAGAUGAGUACGAAGUCAACCUGAAGGACUUUGAGCCACAGCCAGGUAACAUGUCCCACCCGCGCCCCUGGCUAGGGUUGGACCACUUCAACAAAGCUCCAAAGAGAGGUCGCUACACCUACCUGGAGAAAGCAAUCAAGAUCCACAACUAAACAGCCUGCCCGCCCUUCCUCCUCCUCCUCCUCUUCCUCCUCCUCCUUCAUACCAACCCACCUAACACAAUAACCACAGACUGUAACCAACCGUGUGUGUGUGUGUGUGUGUGUGUGUGUGUAUGCGUGUGUGGGUGCGUGCGUGUGUGUGUGUGUGUUCAUCCCCUUUAUACCACCCCGCGUGGACGGCUCUGCACACUAUAUAUCUGAGUCUUUAAGGAUCCCACAGCGGCUGACGGCUUCACAUUCACCCACAAAACUCAAAUCUUACACCAUCCCAGGUUUUUUCUUCCCUUGUUUGAGGCUCCUCAGUUGUUUUGUUUUUUUUUGUUUUGUUUGGUUUCUCCCCCCCCCCCCCCCCAGGCUUUUCUCCAACUGUUGGCUGCCUUUUUUUUCAUUAAAUAAAUGGAGAGGGGAGAGGAAGAGGGUUACAGUAUAAACUCUAUAGACUGGUGUUUUUGUUUUUUUUUUUGGUUUUUUUUUUUUCCUCCUUCCUCCUCCUCCUUGCACCUACGUCCAUCCCCCUCCCCCUCCCCCCCCCCUUGUUUUUCUGGGCUCCGUUUUUAAACCGAGAUGUGGAUAUUGGGAAGAGGAGCCAUGCUUGUGCGUGGAGAGCGGGAAGAAGGGAAGGCGGCGAGGACUAUUUAACGGCGAGGUGGGGAUUAGUCGCUGGUCGUUUAGCCAGAGGAUUUUUCAAAAAAAAAGGGGGCCGCAGCUGGUUGGUUUGGUCCCCCCUGUUUUCUUUUUUUUUUUUUUUGUUUUUUUAAAGCGACGCAGAUAGCUGAGGCUAACUAGCUGCCCUGGUGUGGUUCUUAUGUUUUCUGCUCCUGCUCUUUAGCGCAACUAGUCAACAGCAACAACAACAAAAUAAGAUAUUUCCAUGUUUACACACAACUCUUUAUCACUUAGUUUUGGUUGGAGGAGAAGUAAAAUCAACCUUUUUUUUUUUUUUUUGUCUUUUCUGCAAAUCUUGUACAAUAAAAUAAAAUUUAAAAAAAAAACACCACAGCAUCUGUUUAAAAAUAAAUGGGGAUAAAAUAAGGAAGAAAUUGUCUGUACUUCAUCUUGCACGCUGGCACUUGUUCAAAACGUUUUACAUUUCUCAGGACUGGCAAAUGUAAACUUGGGUUGUACAUUUAUUUUAUUUUUUUUUUGGUUUCGCUCAACUUUAAAGGAACGCAUCCCCCCUCAAGUGACCCACCCCCCUUCUCCCCCCCUCUCCCCCCAUGUUUUUCAACAUUUUUAUGGUUACAGACUCCUUCAGACAUAAAACUUCACCCCCCCCUUUCCUGCUGCUAUC